AUGCAGGACACAACACAACCCUCCACGGCGAACAUUGCGGUCGCAUGUGCUAUACUCGCUGGCGUGACUGGCUACAUGCUAGGGCAAGCAAAGUCUCUGGGCCUGUUUGGAGGUAGCCCAGUCUCCUUGCCUACAGACCGCAAGGACAAGGCCGUAAUGGACUCGGACGAAUCGAGCGACAACAACGACGACGACGAAGAUGACGACACCACACCGGCUGAAUUCAACGGCAACAACGAGGAGUGCAAGAUGGUACUGGUCGUAAGGACAGAUCUAGGCAUGACCAAGGGCAAGAUUGGCGCACAGUGUGGACAUGCGACACUGGCCUGCUACAAACAUUUCCUCCGCACCGCACCGAACUCGCCGACGCUACGACGCUGGGAAUCAUUGGGACAGGCGAAGGUGGCUCUGCAGGUGAAGAGCGAGGAGGAGCUGGAAAUGCUGCAGGCACAGGCACUGAGCCUGGGAGUAGUUGCGCACAUCAUCCAUGACGCAGGGCGCACACAGAUUGCGAGCGGGAGCGCAACAGUGCUAGGCAUCGGGCCUGCGCCAAAGAGUGUCAUAGAUCAGGUUACUGGUCAUCUGAAGCUGCUGUAG